AUGAUUGCAUCGUCGUCGUCGUCGUCGGCCGCUGCUGCUGCGAAUUGUAACGGGGGGGAGCAGCAUUUUUUGCAGAGGAGGAGGAGGAUAUUCAGCAGCGCGCUCGCGUCGACCAGCGGCGCGAGCAGCAGUCGUUGGUCGCCGUCGAAUUCUUGGACGACCGGGAGAACGAGGAGAGACAAAAGAAGAAGAAGAAGAAGAAGAAGAAGAAGAAGUGAUGAUGAUGAUAGUGACGAUGGCGUUGUUCGUUCUUUCCCUCCUCUUCGAGCGAGGAAGACGCGAUACGAAUACGAGAGAGAAAAGGACGACGACGAGUUGAGAAAAGACGAGGAUUUGGAACUUUUGAGAGAUUUGAUGAUGGAAGACAACACCGAGGAAGAAGAAGAAGAAGAAGAAGACGACGAGGAAGAGGACGAGACAUUAGGAAGAACAACCAGAAGAAGAAGAAGAACAAAAGCAGACAUUAACGCGGGGGCGGGGGGAGACGAUUUUGAAACUUUAAUAACGCCGAGAGCGAAAUACCGCGCGCGAAUAGACGCGUCGCCGGACGCCACGUGGGAAGCAGUUUCCGACGCGAGUUUGUUUAGCACGUUCGCACCAAACGUGCGAACGUCUCUGCGGAGUUUUUCGAGCAGCGGCGGCGUGUCCACGUAUCGUCUCGCGAGCGACUGCAGAGACGAGGUGAUUUUAUGCGCCAACGAGUUGAGAGGCGAGAUUUUCUUGGAGGUUGUUUUGUUGCCACCAGAGAAGGCGACGAUGUCUUCUUCUUCUUCUUCUUCUUCUUCUUCUCAGUUGAUUUCCUCGAAAGAUACCCUUGCGAACAGGAGAAAGAAGCAACCGGAGGCGCCGACAAUUUCCCGAACGCUCUCGUUUUCCAGUCGAGACGUGGACAGACGAAACGGAGAGUUUGAGUGUUUCGGAAAGAUUAAAGUCGCGAGAUUAAAAUCAGCCUCGUUCGCGUGCGAGUUGUCUUACGAGUGCGAAAUUCGACCGACAAAGUAUCCAGUUUUAAGAAGAGCGUUAGAGAGGGUUAUGAGGCAAUCGUUUGAGGAGAUUGCGACGGCGAUUAAUCAACGCGCGAGCUCGAUUCAAAGAGCGAAAUUGAACUCGCCGUUUUUAGAUUUAGAAACUUUGAACUGGAACGAAGCGAGCGAGGAGUUUUAUUAUGUGGACGAGUUUGACGACGACGGGUAUUUCAUCGGUCGAAGAAAGAAACGAAGAGAUGGAAGAUUGGCGAACGCAGGGUUGAAGCCGGAAAAUUAUUUAGGUUUGAGCGAAGUGAGCGUACCUUUGGUGCAGCAAGGAGGAGACGAAAACGAUAGAGAAGGUACCAACACCAAUAAUACCAACAACUCCACCACCAAGAAAAAAAUGAUGUCCAUUUCUGGUCGUUUCCGACCUCCCACCGUGCGACGAAACGUCAUGCCGCCGGCUGAAAACCUCUCCUGGCAAGCCGCGCAAGGUAACACGACAUCUGGCGCGCAAGGCGGACGAUGGUUCGAUGAAAUUGUCGACGCUGACGCCGCCGAGGAUUUGUCGACGUCGGCGCCUGGAUCGAUUGAGGUGCACAACAGAAGGUACGACACGCCGGCAGUUUAUCACCGGCGAACAUUAAGUGCGGUGCGAAUCGAAGCACCACCGAGUUUAGUCUGGAAAGUGCUCACGGCGUACGAGUCGUUGGCAAAAUUUGCCCCGAAUUUAGUACACUGCGAAGUCUUGCCAAACGCAACUCUGGGCGUCGCCGUUCCCGGCGGAGGAGUCGCGGGAGGCACAGGUAAAAAUUUGAAACGCCUUCGAUUUGUGUUUCUCAAACACUGCUUGUGCCACGCGAUAUACGAAUCCGUCGGCGUGGACCUGUCGCAAAAAGACGAAGAAGGAGAAAUACAGUUUCGCGUUUCGAGAAAUCAAAGAAGAGAUGGCGUUUUGCAAGGCAAAUUUUUAGUCGUCCCAGCCAACGAUUCAAUCGACGACGACGACGACAUCGAUGGUAGUGCAACACUGCGAAGCUUUGACGAAAAGUACGAUGGCACAUUCAGCGUAUCUAAACUUGACCGCGCCGACUUUAACGACUUUAACGACGCGCCAGAAGAAGCGGAAGCGACGAUAUUGAAAUUUGCCAUCGAAGGCAUCAACGCCAAGGCAAAUUACGAAAACGGAAGAGCACGCAAACCGCCUCUAGAUGAACGACAAGUCGUCGACGAAACGAUCGAGUUUUUGACAACUUUACGGGCGCACAUCGAAGCGAUAUCGCUGGAGAAAGUCAUCCCGUUGGUUACUUUUGAUAACUCCGUGCGUAAACUUAACAUCGUUCCAGAAUUGGACCAGACGAACCAAACGAUCGCCGAGUUUAUGCGUUUAAACCCAAAAUUAGACGAGGAACAAGAAGAUUCCAUCGACGCGACCAUUUCCAGAGACGACGACGAGUUGACCAUCGCGGAAAGGGCAAAACUGUACGGAUUAACCGAAGCGGCGAUGAAACAAAGCACGAAUGCGUCCGCUUCCUUAUCCGAGAAGAACGGAAAGAAGAAGAAGAAUACUUACGAUAUGAAAUCGUUCGACGAAGACGAAGAGAGAGAACUAUUUGAAGCGCUGAGAGUGGACAUCGAAGCGUUCAACGCGACGCUACUACUCAAAUCGAAAGAGGACGGCAAAACGCAACAACAACAACAACAACAACAACAAAGAAUACCGCAAAAGCUUCUCUUGCGAGAAUACGGUCGAGAGGAUUUGGAAAAGCGCAUUCGAGAGCUCGGUGGCUACAAAAUAGUCUCGGAAAAGUUCGGAUGGGAUAAAAACAUGCCAAAACCGAGAGGCUAUUGGCGAGAUUUGGAAAACGUGCGCGUAGAGCUCGAAUCGUUCAUAGAGUCUUUAGAGUUACCUCUGGACGAGUUACCCUCGCGAGGAGUGUUCAUGGAAAACGGGAGAGAGGACAUCUACCAAUCGUUUCGAUUCCACGGCGGCGCGAGUGAAGUCGCCAUGAAGUUAGGAUUAGUCGGCAAACAACAACAACAACAACAACAACAACAACAACAAUAA